AUGGGAGCAGAAAACGACGAGUACAAGAAGAAGGAGCGCAUUGUACUUGCUGUAAUCUUGAUUUUCGCAUCACUCGCCAUUGUUUCAGUUGCAGUGACCUUCAGUUACUACUGCUACUUGAGAUUCAAACUCUCCAAGCGGCUCAAGACAAAGGAAAAAAGGACUCCCCAUGAUGUUAAAACCGGCAAUGCUUCCAAUAUCAAAGUCACGACCGACAACCGACUCCAAGUCUUUACUUUCAAGCAUCUGCAUUCUGCCACUGGUGGAUUUGGGAAGUCUAAUGUGAUUGGCCGUGGCGCAUUUGGAUUGGUAUGCAGAGGAGUGCUGCAAAAUGGAAGAAAAGUUGCUGUUAAGUUGAUGGACGAAGCUGGACAACAGGGAGAAGACGAAUUCACUGCAGAGGUAGAAUUGUUGGGCCGGCUACGUUCACCAUAUUUGCUACCAUUGGUUGGAUAUUGUUCGGAAAACAAGCGCAAAUUGCUGGUCUAUGAGUUUAUGGCCAAUGGAGGCCUGCAGGAACAUUUGUAUCCAGCCAGGGGUUAUAGAACUGUUUCUUCCAACUUAAACUGGGAAACUCGAUUGAGGAUAGCUUUAGAAGCAGCAAAGGGUUUGGAGUACCUUCACGAGCACAUUAGCCCCCCCAUAAUUCAUAGAGAUUUCAAAAGUAGCAAUAUCCUUCUGGACAAGAAUUUUCACGCUAAAGUUUCCGAUUUCGGACUGGCGAAACGUGGUUCUGAUAAAGCCGGAGGACACGUCUCAACUCGAGUUCUGGGCACCCAAGGAUAUGUUGCGCCUGAGUAUGCUUUAACUGGGCAUCUUACCACGAAAUCAGAUGUGUACAGCUACGGAGUUGUUCUGCUGGAGUUGCUGACUGGUAGAGUCCCAGUCGAUAUGAAGAGGCCGGCGGGUGAAGCUUUUCUUGUAUCCUGGGCCUUACCCCAGUUAACGGAUAGAAAUAAGGUUGGUGAAAUAAUGGACCCGGCAUUAGAGGGUCAGUAUUCAAUGAAGGAGGUGGUUCAAGUUGCGGCCAUUGCCGCUAUGUGUGUUCAAGCUGAGGCGGAGUACAGGCCGCUGAUGGCUGAUGUGGUGCAGUCUUUGGUCCCAUUAGUGAAGCUCCAUAGACCUUCAAAAUCAGGUGAAAACCUAUCUUGGGGCAUUCUGUGUUUUUUGCGCUCUCCCAUACUCGAACCCUCCACCCUGAGCAUAAGGUGGAGUUCAGGGUGCAGGGUUCGAGUCUGGAAGAGGGCAAAAACCAGAGAAUGUCCCAAUGUGGGUUUUCAUCCUAGGACAAGAGCACUAUGGAAGGUCAUGAGUCCCAGGUGCAGGGCCGGUGAGGUUCGACCCCCCAAGUGGGGAAGACUAGCGGUUAUAACCGUAAACAAUGGUUUUGGAGACUUUUUAAGACUUCCAAUGUAA